AUGAAGUUCACCCUCACAACCCUCGCCCUCACCCUCGCCAGCAUGGGCACCGGCGCCCUCGCCGCCCCCUCCGCCGCAAAAUCCAUGAUGGUCUCCAACACCCAAUGGACCAUCACCUCCCUCAAGCGCGUCUGCAACGCCGCCGACACAAAAUGCACCUGGACCUUCGGCAUCGACACCCCCUCCAAGUCCGCCGACUGCACGUACGUCGUCAACGGCUCCGAGGUCAACGGCGGCCCAUCGAACUGCGGCGACUUCACAAUCACCUCCGGCUGGAGCGGGCAGUUUGGUCCCGAUGCGGGAUUCACGACGCUUUCUGUUGUUGAUAAUGUUGCGCGCCAGAUUGUUUGGCCCGCGUAUACGGAUAAGCAGCUUGACGGGGGGAAGGUUGUCAAGCCGGAUCAGAGUUAUACGCCUGCUGCUUUGCCUUGA